AUGCACAAAAACUGGUACGAAUACACACUGGAGGACAACGAAGCAUUUUACACUGAGGAAUUCAACCUCAUGGAAGUGCUGGGUGAAAAACCUGAAGAGGUCCAUCCCUCUGAACCAGCAGAAGAGGAGAAAGGACUCUCUGAACCAGCUGUGAAACUGGUCAGAGGCUUUUUAACUGCUGAAGAGCUGGAGACAGGGAGCUUUCAGCAUUUGGACACCACUGGAAAGUCCAUGGGUGAAAUUAACCGACUCAGACUACAAGUGGUCAAUGAACGUCGGCUGAGGAGAAAGUCAGAGGACGAGAUGGGCAUGGCCCUCGUGAAGCUGAAGCUGGACAUGGCGGCUAAAGCUUCACAGGCCAAAACUAGAGAGGCCAAUCUGCAGGAAGAGGUGGAACAGAGGAUUAGAGCGCUUGAGCGUAAAGACGACACAAUUCAUGCUCUCCAAGUUGCGCAUGAAAUGAGCGUCCAAGAACGUAAGAAAGAGCUUGAGGACGUGAAGUUGAAUUUGCUCAACAAAACAAAGCGGAUCAUCUGUGCACAUGAGAUCCAACUCAGGCAGCAAGCCAAAGCAAAGCAGGACGUGGAGGCUGAACUGAGCAAAGUGAGAGAAAAGAACAGCUCACUGCUCAAUGAGUCUGGGGAACUGAAAGCACAGAUUCAGUCAAGGAACGAGGACAUAGAGAGUUUGAAAAGCCAGGAUAAAGAAAUGGAGAUAGACGUGAUGACAGACGUGAUCAAAAAGUCCAGGGACAGGAAGAUCAAUCUGAAGCUGCAGGUUCAGGAGGUUCAGGCCCGACUCCAAACAGAAGAAGAGGCCAAACGAUUCCUGAACGAGUCACUGAACGAACUGAAGGAGGAGCUGGAGCGAGAGAAGCUGGAGAAGGCCGCCAUUUUGAGAAACUGUGAGGAUCUCAAAGAGGGACAGAGCACAGUACAGCAAGAGUGUUCUCUGCUGGAGGUCAAGUCCAGAGCAUUGACUCAAAAACUCACGGAAACUGAAGAAGAGCGCACUCUGCUGGAGGCCAAGUCCAGUGAAUUGGAACAAAAGCUGAUAAAAUCAGAAGAGAACUGCUCUCUGCUGGAGGCUAAGUCCACUGCAUUGACUCAAAAACUAAAGGAGACGGAAGAAGAGCGCUCCCUGCUGGAGGAGAGGUGGUUGGCCACGGAGCUGAAGCUGGAGAAGAAGCGUCAAAAGUGGUACAGGAAACUCCUGCGCUGCUAA